CAAGCCAGGGGUGGACAAUUGACUACUCUAGCUGUAUUGGAAGUGCGGAGGGAGAGGAAACUAGAGAAGGAAUGGAGGGACUGAUUGGUGUGAAUCAAGAAGAAUUAGGGGAUGGAGAUAAUAAAGUUGAAAGCAUUGAACAGAAGGAGAUAGAAGGGCUUAAAUCAUCUCAUUUCAUUGGUGGUAGUACUGCUAUUUUAACUGGACAGAACCACUUGUUAGAGGCAGAUGCAAGCAAUGUGGUUGAUCUCAUUGGUCAGAUAAGCCUUCACAUGGAGGAAGCAGGUCAACAUUGUGUCAUGAAGGAGCAAAAGGAUGAUGCCUUGGGGACUGACAAUCCUGAACCUUGUGAUGGUGGCAACGAUCGGAAGAGAGCAGCUUCUUCCUCAAGAAGUGGCACCACAGAAAAUAAAGAUUCUCAGCAGACCAGUGGUUGCCCUUGCAGUGAGGAUGGUUCUGUUGUUAAAAGAAUUUCUAGUCAUGAAGACGAUGAUGAAGGGGAAACCCCAGGAGAAAGACAAGCUAAAGUGAAAAGAAGCCAUGAGCUAGAUGUGGAGGAGAAUCCUUGUUUGUUGACAAAGAAGGCUUGGGAUAAACUGGGACUCAAACGGAACCAGAACCCUAUGUUUGACAGUGUACUAAGGUUUAAACCAAGUUCCAGCAAAAUGCGUCAUCCACAGACCCAAGCAAAGAGAGUGGGGCGUGACAAGCAGCAGUUUGUGGCAGAAUGUGCAACCAACAAUACCAGCAAACGCAUGGUCACUGAGCAGGAUGGAAACUCACAGGCACAGAUUAGCACCACCCUCCAGAAGGUGCAGAACUUUCUCCAGAUAAUUCAGAAAGAGACAAAGAUGCACACAACCACAUGCGGCCUCACCCACAUGCCGGGAGCAGUAUUACCUCCAUGUGAGGAAGACAUGGCAGAAGACGAGGAGAUGGCGAGUAGGAAGCAGAAGAAGGAUGAAGAGAGUUGUAAGAAGGAAAUGAACAGCAGUGUGGAUGGAAGUGAAUUGGUUCCAGGGGAAGGGUAUCCUUGUCCUCACUCCAAUAAAGACUCAGACUGUCAAAGUUGCAUCAAACCAAAUGUGUUCUCUAGACUUUCUACUAGUACUCACAACAGUGACCAAAAAAUAAAGCAGCCCAGCAGACAGUUAGAAGACUUGGAUGUCCCUGACUUUCUCCUGCCUGACCAAACUGAAUGCAGCACUGGUGCAGGAGAGAUAAAUAUGAAGGGUUUGAAGAAGCAAAAGAAGAAAAAGAAAAGGAGGAUGUGGAAACAGAGCUCAUGUGAGGACAUGCCAGUGGAGAUGGCAGCAGUGCCAGAGCUGGCCAAGUACUGGGCCCAGCGCUACCGACUCUUCUCUCGCUUUGAUGAAGGCAUCAAACUGGAUCGUGAGGGCUGGUUUUCCGUGACGCCAGAGAGGAUUGCGGAGCACAUUGCCCAGAGGAUCAAGGAUAGUUUUCUGGACUCACACCUAGUCAUAGAUGCUUUCUGUGGUGUUGGGGGUAACGCCAUCCAGUUUGCCCUCACUGGCAAGAGAGUAUUAGCCAUUGACAUAGACCCAGUGAGGCUGGACUUGGCAUGUCACAAUGCAACAGUUUACGGUGUCGCAGACCGAAUCGACUUCCUGCAGGGGGACUUCCUGCAGCUGGCGCCACACCUCCAUGCUGAUGUGGUUUUCCUGUCGCCGCCCUGGGGUGGGCCAGACUACCUUAGUGCCGAGGUGUUUGAUAUCAGGACCAUGAUAGAGCCUGAUGGUUUCAAGAUAUUCCAGUUGUCCAAGUUGAUAUCAGAUAACAUCGUGUACUUCCUACCUCGGAAUGCUGACAUGGACCAGAUAGCCUCUCUGGCUGGGCCAGGUGGGCAGGUUGAAGUGGAGCAGAACUUCUUGAACAACAAGCUCAAGACCAUAACUGCUUAUUUUGGCAACUUGAUCAAGUCUGACUGCUCCUGGAACCCUUCAGUUUCUGUUCCAGCUCUGAGUACAUGAAGGUCUUUUGCUCAGUGAGGAAGAGCUCAGAGAGGAAACAAAAAUCUGCUUCCUUUGACAAUCUCAUAGGCCAACCUUAAGUGAAGCUACUGGGAUGGUUAGUUGCAGAUCACUUUCAGUUUAUAUCAUUCAGCGUUUUGUCCCCAAAUCAAAUACACAAAACUUUGUCAUAUUUCAGCAACUGGGAAAUAAUCAAGAAUGAAAGUACAACUGUCAUUUUUCUUCACAUAAGGUGAAAGGAUAUCCUGCCACUUCAGUCAAUUCAUCUGUCAGUAAAAUGGUAGUGAGCAGGAAUUGUGUAAUU